CACUUGGAUCAGCAAACUGUUCCCAAGAAUUUAUUAUGAUCAAUAAUACUACUCCUAAAUCCUAAUUAACACAUCAACCCUACCUUAAGUAUACUACACCAAAUCCACAUUUCAUUCCCCCAUUUUUUUUCCCUCUAUUAAUCUUUCCAUUCUCUUCAACUUUCAUCACAAAAAACUCAAUCUUUCACUUAUUAUCGACCAACUUUUCUCAGUCCACUUACACCCCUGGUGCGAAAAAGUAACGUUUUUUUAAUAUAAAUAGUGUUUUGUAAAAAGAACACAAAGAAAAACCAAAAAAAUGGAGAAUUUCAGAUCCAUGUCAUGCAAGGAAGGAAGAAUGCAAAUGGAGAAUUACAACAACGACAACAACAACAAUAAUGGAGGUGGAAAAUCGAAUGGCGGGCCGCCAACAAGUAUGCAGGAUCUGAGAUCUUACAGUACAUCUUAUGCUUCAAAUUAUAUGCAAGUUCAUCCUCAACCUUCAAACAAAGAUUCAAAAGGUAAUAAUCAUAAUAAUAGUAAUAAUAAUGAUCAUAAGAAAAACAGGGGAUUUGGAUCAACUUCGAAUUCAUAUUCAAAUUCAACAACAAAAGGGUGGAGUUUGAGUGAUCCAGAGCUUCAAAGGAAGAAAAGGGUUGCUAGUUAUAAAGUUUAUGCUGUUGAAGGUAAAAUGAAAGGCUCUUUUAGGAAGAGUUUCAGAUGGGUUAAGCAUACUUGUUCUCAAGUUGUUCAUGGUACUUGGUGGUGAUCCAGAUUAUUGUUUUUUUUAUAUUAUUUUUAAUGUUUUUAUUACUUCUUUGUUUGAAUUCCUGGUGUGAUUUGUUCUUCUUUUCGGAACAUAAAAUAUUUAGUAAUUGUAUGAUAGUCUUUUGUGGAUCGUAUUACUAUUAUGGAACAAAAGUUUAAAGAAGGGAUCCUAAAAAUCAGAAAAGGGACAUUGGGCAUGGCCGGGCCAUCACGCGGGUUGUCGAGUCUAAUACGAAGUAAGAAAUCGGCCCGCAUGGCAUGAGGGAUGGGUCAUGAAUGGGCCUCAUUUAUGGAAGACAGACAUGAGGCUGAUCUUUUCUUAGCCCCCUUUUGGUAUAGCCUAUUCGGGGCACUAGGCACGUGAUCCUACACAUCUCAGCAUGCCAUCUGCCCAGCAUAUGGCCAACUCUACUCGCACGUAUUAUGAUAGUAUCCCAAUCCCAACGGGCCGUGCCAAGAGAGGGCCCGUUGGGACACUAGGCACGUGAGUCUACACGGCUCAACAUGUGCCCAGCUCUACUCGCAAUUACUUGAUAGUUGGGUACAUGAUUGAUAUACUAUAGAUUAGUGAUGCUGUAAUCAAGAGUAAAUCUAUAAUAAUUGAUAAUGUAUUAGUCUUGUUCAUGUGAAAGGUAUUUUAGUAUUGUUUAUGUGGAGGAUGUUUUAUGUUUUAAUGCUUCUUACACUAUUUGUAUUUGUA